AUGUCGCAUAUAAUGGGAAAGGGUGUGACGCGUUCUUCACAUCGGAGGAAAAGUGUACCGGAGCAGUGGAGUGCGUUUACCCCACGUGAGAUGUUCGCCGCUCGUGUGGCUAAGAGGCAUGAGGAUUGCGGUGGCACUGCCGCCUCUUCGUUCUCACAAACGAAUGGGUGCCUUCCACCAGCAACUCAAGUUUCUGAGUCUCUGCGCAAGAGAUUGCGAGAGCAUACGAUUGAGCGAGAUCCGUCACCUUGUCAUAUCGCCCCUUCUUCUUCUGCUGCUGCUACCUACAGCUGCGAUGCGCAGAAAAGACACGACGGUCUUAUCGGUACUUCAGUACGCGGGUCGCCACACGUUGGGAACGCCAUAGCGCAGCAGCAGCAGCAGCAACAACAACUACAAUGGAAUCAGCAGCUUAGAAGAAAUAGAGAGGAUGCGUCACCCAGCCGGCCGCAGAAUAUCGGUGGAUGUAGUGGUGAACCAUUAGAGAAUUCAUUGGCUCUUUUGCGGCUGUACUCUCGAUACUGCGAGGAAAUGGAGUCAAAGGGACUGGACGACGAUGACCAACGCAUUCAAAGUCAUGGAAGUAACACCGAAACCACCACGAGUAAUUGCAUUAACAUUGUGAGGAAUGGACAUCCUUACCUACAGGAUACUGUGGAAAGACGCAUAAAGACAGAAAUGUGUUCACAAAAUAAUACCAUGCCUGCAGCGUGCACGCAAUCAGUUCAUGGUUCAAGUAAGGAAACAGCCUCUGCCACAGUACCACUAUGUGCCAAGAAGACACAAAGUUUAUUGUUAGCGAAGAGGCCUAGGAAGGAACGAAUAAACGGAGAAAAACGGUUAAAGAAAGAGGCAAGGCCGUCGGCUGAAAAAGAGGAAACGGGCACGAAUCGUAUUCUUUCCUUGUCAGCACCUGGUAGUAACUUUCUGCAGGAAACCCAUGGGACUUCAAGGCUGACAGAGUUAAGGGCAUGUCUCAAUGGGAAUGACAGUGCGCCUCCUCCUCAAACCAGUGUGGGACACUUACUAACCAGGAGGAGUACAUUGGUACCUGUCCACACACAAGGUAGCUCUCUGCCGUCGCGACUGGAGGAGAUACGCCGGCACAUUGAAAAGUAUAGUGCAGCCAAGGACGAAGUGGCAGCGAGACCAAUGCCUCUUCAACAAAUGGACAUUGCAAAAGGCCACAUGUCGGGAUGGACUGGUGAGAAUUUGGUGCCUCCUGCUCCCUGCGCAAAUUUGUCGGGGAAAUUACAAAAAAGCAGGGUCAUUAAUGACAUCGUCCCCGAAAGCACUACCCAGAAUGGAGUCCAAAACCCUUUUAAAGGGGAAUACCGCAGAGAACAGUUGUUGACUCCCACGCUCUCUGGUUCCCAGUGUAAGGCUUUUCAUGUCGUGUUUGAUACAUCUAGCUUGCUGGAGGCGAAUGUUUCUAUUUUAGACGAAGCGAUCCAGCACUGUAUUGUGUGCAUUCCCUUUGACGUUAUUGCGGAGUUAGAUGCGAUAAACGGUGGCAAAGGGAAUCGCAACCGUGGGAAGACAGAAUCCCGUCAAUUAAAAUUUUCAGCCCGGCAAAUUCGAAACUGGAUCGCCUCUGCCAUUGAGAAGGGUGCCAACAUACGUGUACAACGCCGAUGUGAGGUGGAAAUGCUUUAUGAUCGCAAGGUUGCAACAAAAGAUGAUUCCAUCCUGGGCUUCGCCGUGUUUCUGGAACAGCAGCAGUUGACCGUGGAAUUUGUCACAAACGACAAAUUUCUCCGCGUGAAGGCAUUCUCAGAGCUGAAGGGAAAAGUCUACAAUUUGAGUGAAUUUCUGCAUCAUCACGGUGUGGGAUUGAAGAAAUGA